AUGGCUCUCAACCACGACGCAGCAUUCUCAACGAUGGAAGAUGAUCAUGUUAGUGCCGAAGACGCCUCGAAUGCAUCUUCAGACGACGUCGAUUCUGCAUUCAGCGACGACUCGCAGACCGUCCUAAGCCACUCAUUGCGAUCGUCGAUUUACAAUCAUCGGUACGAAAAUGGCCGCACGUAUCAUGCUUUCCGUGACGGCGAAUAUCCAAUCCCAAAUGACGCCGAGGAACAAGACCGUCUCGACCUUUUGCAUCAUCUUUUUAAAAUGGUUCUCGGAGGAAGGCUCUUCACAGCGCCUUUACCUAGAGAGCCUCAUCGAGUCCUGGACGUUGGGACCGGCACCGGCAUCUGGGCUAUUGAAAUGGGUGAUCAAUUUCCAAUGGCGGUUGUGGUCGGCACGGAUUUGUCGCCCAUUCAACCAAACUGGGUCCCUCCAAAUGUUCAAUUCUAUAUCGACGACGCGGAGAGCGAAUGGAUGUUCAGCGAAUCGGAAAAGUUCGACUUCAUCCAUGGCCGUGCUCUAUGUGGAGCCAUCGCGGACUGGCCAAGAUUCUAUGCUCAGGCCUACGAUAAUCUCGAGCCCGGGGGGUGGAUGGAGAUGCAGGACCAUGAAUGCUGGAUCAACAGCGACGAUGGUGGAAUGGACAAAGCCCCUGGAUGUUCCGAAUGGAUUCGCGAGGUCGACAGAGCCAGUGUCAUUUUUGGAAAACGACUGAACGUCGCGCAUCAACACCGCCAGUGGAUGGUAGAUGCUGGAUUCGAGGGAGUUUCCGAGACCAUUCGCAAGAUACCGAUCGGUUCCUGGGCGACAGACCCCAAACUGAAAGAAAUUGGCAGACUGAUGCGAGUGCAAAUGAUACAAAGCAUACCGUCUUUCAUGCUGGCCUACUAUACCCGAAUUCUAGGUCAUAGCAUGGAACGGACACAGGUCACGAUGGCGCUAGUAAAGAAGGAAUUUCAAGACAAAAGCCUACACCUUUAUCUACGGUGGCAUUUUGUGUACGGGCAGAAGCCGAUGAGAUAG